CCAAUUGGUAUCUUCUUUUUUCAAACGAUACUCUGUGUUAUUCUCGAGCAAACUGUUUUGUCGCCUUUCUCAUAUUUUAUAUUUUAAGCGCAAGACUAACAAAUUUCUUGAAACGUUUUACAAUUUUUAAUAAAAGUUUGAGUAUGAGUUUCAAGAAGAUCCUCUUAUGUAGUAGGAUUAUUUAAAGAAAGUAUAAAGUACGUGUAUUUUACAUUUAUUAAAAAAGAAGAUGUACGAGAGGCUACUAAUAGAAGAUCGUAAUAUGCGUGGCGACACUUGAAAUUUCAUUGAGGAAACGCAGGAGGCGUUUUAUGAAACGCUUAUGAUACCUUGGUGACCAGCCGAGACAUCUUAAACACAGGAUCGAGGCACGCGACUUAUUAAAGAAUUUUUAGUAUCUCGCGUGGUAUUCGUUCGCGAGAUAACUCACCUGAAUAUUUUCUCACAAAAUAUUCUUAAAAGCGUUCACCUUCGUAGAAAUAAACAGGUUGAUUCAAUUAAGAAGAAGAUUGCGCAGGAAAAGAAACGGAUAAAACGAGCACAAUUGGUAACGUUAACGAGAAAAGGGAAAGAUUAAAAAUAUCGUACCGAAUGGUCGAAGUUAAUUAAAAAAUUAAAUAAAACAGCUAAAAGAAGUAUUUUUAAGCCAUUUCCGCCAUUGUUUCCCUUUGUCUUUUAAUUGAACAAAAAGCUCGUUCCGUUGAACAUGGUUCACCUUGCGUAUACGUGUAUUUCUCGCUUUCAUUUACUCACGUGAUAUUUGCUGAAACAGCCUUGUUCGAUUCGUGCUCGUUUAUUUCAACAGAGUUUUCUUUAAGGCAGAAACUAACGGCUUUUGCGAAAAUUUGAUCAAACUCGCCGAUGAACGAAGGAAAGUAUGACUACCAUAAAACCAACCACCUGCAAAGAAGCUAUUCGACUUUGGGAGGAAGAGAACAAGCAGGAAGCUUCCACCGCGAAGGAAGUAAUUCUGAGCUUCCAAUGGCCUCCUAUAGAAAAAAUGGACAACGCUUUAGCGGUUUUGAUCAAUUGCGAGAAGCUCUCGCUCUCGACGAACAUGAUCGAGAAGAUUGCGGGAAUCGGAACACUGAAGAACCUAAGGAUCCUCUCGUUAGGACGUAACUUGAUAAAAGGAUUCGCUGGCUUAGAAGCAUUAGGCGACACUCUGGAGGAACUUUGGAUUUCGUACAAUCUGAUCGAGAAAAUGAAGGGAAUCAAUGCGAUGAGGAAUCUGCGUGUUGUCUACAUGUCGAAUAAUUUGGUUAGGGAGUGGACCGAAUUUAACAAACUUCAAGAACUUACCAAUCUUCAGGAUCUCGUAUUCGUCGGAAAUCCAUUGUACGAGAGCUUAGAGGUGGAGAACUGGAGAUUGGAAGUCGCCAGACGUUUACCAACGUUGGAAAAAUUAGACGGUGAAUUAAUUAUACGGGCGGAAGAAUGCGCGAAUGUGUUGCAAAAGCUUGAUAGUCCUGUGCAAACUCAGAAAUCAGUCGAGUAAAAUACCGUACAAUGAUGUCCUGAUACGUUUGUAGAUCUUUUUCGAUUGUCCUUUUCAUUUUUUACAGUUUGUGAUUGAUAAUUUACUAAGACGCUUUAUUUGUAUAAUCUUUUCUAUAUAUAUAUAUAUAUUAUUUUUAAGAUUUGAGGAAGAAAAUUUUGUAGAAUUUUUACACGUAUGUAAUGUAAUGAAAAAUGUAAAGCAGAUAUUUCUGUAAAUUUAAUGCUGAUAUUUAUCGUUGUUAAUUUCUUUCAUUUGGAUAAGAUCUCGUACCUCAGGAUUCUUUCAAGACAAUUUCAUUUUUAGACUUAAUCAUUACAGUGUCAUCUUCUUCCACGUACUUUGAAUUAUUCGUUUCAAAUACCGUAACUUCGUAAUAAGAAACGCAAAGAAGGAAAUAUAGACUUCCUUCUUAGAAAAUGAAAAUAAAAGAAGGACAUUAUACGUGUAAAAAA